CAGGACUAAACCAGGACUAAACCUGGACAAAACCUGGACUAAACCUGGACAAAACCUGGACUAAACCUGGACUAAACCUGGACUAAACCUGAACUAAAGAGAGUUGUUGUUUGUUGUUUGUUUUUAAACUCGUCUUUUCUCUGGAGGCUGAAGUUUUUCUGUGAUUUUUGGAAAUCGUCGUUUUAAAAAAGAUGGCCGAGCAGAUGGCUGAGGACCCAGAGUUGUUCUCUGAGCAGGAGCUCACCUGCUCCAUCUGCCUGGACCUGUUCAACCAACCAGUGUCGACGCCCUGUGGACACAACUUCUGCCAGGCGUGCAUCGGCGGGUACUGGGCGUCGUCACCUGUCUGCACCUGUCCUCUGUGUAAGCGUCAGUUUGAUGAGCGCCCCCUGCUGUCGGUGAACCGCGUCUUCGCCGCCAUCGCCGACAAAUACAAACUGAAGCGCUACGGCAUCGCCCCGGCGCCGCCGCCACGGACAACCCCUUCCUGUUCCCGGAGGGGGCGGGGGCCACGGGGGGGCCACGGCGGCGGGGGCGGAGGGGGCGUGGUCGGACGAGAAGGGGGCGGGACGGUCUGGUGUGACGUGUGCACAGGUCUGAAGGAGCCGGCCGUCAGCUCGUGCCUCACGUGCACGGCGUCCUACUGCUCCGUGCACGUGGAGCCUCAUCGCUCGACGCCGUUUUACGCCUCCCACACCCUCCUCCACCCGCAGGAGGCGCUCAAGGGACGCACCUGCGAAGAGCACUACCGCAUGCUCGAGGUGUUCUGUCGUUCGUGUCAGCGUUGUAUUUGUGCCAUUUGUGUUUUGGAGGAACAUCGAACUCACAAAACUGUGUCAGUGCAGACGGAGCGACUCAGCAAACAGAAACAAGUUUCUCGGACGGAGCAGGAGAUCGUGACUCGGAUCAAACAAAAAGAACUUCGUCUGAACGAAAUCAAACGCAACCUGGACUCAGUCAAGGCCCACACAGACGGCGAGAGCGCGGAGGUGGACCGUCUCUUGGACUCGGUGGCCCAGGCCGUAGACCGGGUCCGGACUGAGGUCGUGGGGGGGAUCCAGACCCAGCUGGACGCCGUGAUGUCACAGGGGGCGGAGCUGACGCAGCGGCUGGAGGCGGAGCUUAACGACCUCCACCAGAAACGAACCGAACUGGAGACGGUGGCGACGAGUCAAGACCACAUCCGCUUCCUGCAGAGCGUGGACUUGGCGACGCCCCCCGCAGACUCGGAGGACGAUGACGAGGAGCCGUUUUGUCUCCAGUUCCAUUUGGCCGAGGUGAAGUCUGCGCUGCUGCAGGUCCGAGACAAGAUGGCCGACGUCCACAUGGUCCCGGCCCAGACCCGAGACCACGGCAGGGACUACAGCAGGGACCACGGCAGGGACUAUGGCAGGGACCACGGCAGGGACCACGGCAGGGACUCCUAUGGCUCCAUCCCGAUGCCGCUGUCGGAUCUCGCGGCGUCCGAGAGUCUGAGAGGAAGCACCGCCAGCCUCCGACGCAGCCACUGGAACCUCAAAGAUGUGAAGAAGAACAAGGCGAUCACUGGACACAAAAAGGCCAAACUCUACAUGGAGGACGUGGUGUUGAAUCCCGUCUCUGCGUAUCCGUUCCUGAUUCUGUCUGAGGAUCGGAAGCAGGUGAAACGUGGGGAGAAGCUUCAGUUUUACAGGAACAGCCCCCAGCGCUUCGACGUGUGGAGCUGCGUCACCGCCAAGGAAGGAUACGCCGCCGGACGCCACUACUGGGAGGUGUUUGUGGGUGAAAACAAAGACUGGAAAGUGGGCGUGGUCUCGGAGUCGGCGCAGAGGAAGGGGCUGUUCGACAUGAGCCCCCCCAACGGGUACUACGCCCUCUGGUGGAGCGGAGGACAACUGCGGGCGCUCACCACCCCUCCCCUCACCAAGGUGAGGGCCCCGCCGAGGCUGCGGCAGGUCGGGGUGUUUCUGGACCUGGACCUGGGGCAGGUCUCCUUCUUUAACACCAAAACCGGUUCUGAGAUUUACAGUUUCCACCGCGGAACCGAGUUCACAGAGAGAACGUUCCCCCUGCUCGGAACCGGAGACAAAGAGGUGCCGCUGGUGCUCAUGACCGCGCAGAACCCCCUGUAGGACCGGGACCGAGACCGAGACCAGGACCAGAGACCAGGACCGAGACCGGGACCGAGACCGGGACCAAGACCAAGACCGGGACCAAGACCAGAGACCACCCAGAACCACCUGUAGGACCGAGACCGAGACCGAGACCAGGACCAGAGACCAGGACCGGGACCAGAGACCACCCAGAACCCCCUGUAGGACCGGGACCGAGACCGGGACCAGGACCGAGACCAGACCAGAGACCACCCAGAACCCCCUGUAAGACCAGGACCAAGACCAAGACCAGGACCAAGACCAAGACCAAGACCAGAGACCGACCAGGACCAGGACCGGGACCAAGACCGGGACCAAGACCAGAGACCACCCAGAACCACCUGUAGGACCAGGACCUAGACCAGGACCGGGACCAAGACCAGGACCAAGACCAGUGACCACCCAGAACCACCUGUAGAACCAGACCAGGACCAAGACCAGGACCAGAGACCACGCAGACCCCCUGUAGGACCGGGACCAAGACCAAGACCAGGACCAAGACAGAGACCACCCAGAACCACCUGUAGAACCGGACUGGGACCAGAACCAGAGACCAGAGACCAGAGACCAGACCAGAGACCUCGCAGACCCACCUGUAGACCGUGUCAGGACCAGGUCUGGACUGGGACCAGGACCAUGAUCAGGAACAGAACCACCUCUAAAUCGGGACUAAGACCAAGACCAGACCCAACUUUAGACUAUAUAGACCAGAUUUAGACCAGGUCCUGGACCAGUGAACCAGGAUGGUAAACCAGGACUGAACCAGGACUAAACCAGGACUAAACCAGGACUAAACCGGGACUAAACCGGGACUAAACCAGAACUAAACCGGGACUAAACCGGGACUAAACCGGGACUAAACCAGGACUAAAUGAGGACAGACUUUGUGUGUAAAUUGUAAAUUUUCUCGCUGCUGAAAUGUUUUUUUUUUUUUUCAUCAAAUCCAGUUUUUAAAUAAAGUUGAAAUAAAAAGCCCUGGUGCAUUCUGGGAGAUGAAGUCUGAGGCUGAUCCUGUGUGAGCCAAUCAGAGCGUCCGAUCUUUAAGCGUUAAAUAAAUGAAACUGUAAAUGUUAAUAAAACUUUUUUUCUGUCUCUGCA